AUGGCGACCGCCGCGGUCGGCGCCGCCGCCGCGCGGGGCGCGACGCCUUCGCCGCGACGCCGCCGCCAGCGCCCCUGCUCAGAAGAAGACAACACGCCGACGCGGUGGCGGUGGCGUCGCGUCGUCGUCGUCGCGGACGCGACGCGCGUUCGCGCGGGGAAGCGAAGCGAUUGGGACCUGCUGCACGACGAGCUUCGCGCGUCGUCGUCGUCGUCCUCCUCCUCCCAUCGCGUCGCGCUGGGCGUGGACUACGGCCGACGAAGGACCGGGCUCGCGGUGUCCUCCACCGGCGCGUCGCCGAUCCCGCUCGCGGUGAUCCCGUCCGUCCCGCCGCACGAGCUCGUGCGCGCGGUCGUGGACGCCGCGCGGAGGGAGCGCGCGACGGAGAUAAUCGUCGGGUUGCCGACGCAGCCCGCGGCGAGCGAGGCGCGGCGACGGACCGCGACGGGGCGAGCGCGCUCGUGCUCGAAGAAAAACUCGACUCACGCGGCGGCGCCCGCGGUCGUUGAGCUGCCGAGCGCGUGGCGCGCGACGGAUUCGACGACGACGCCGUUCGAGGACGCGGAGGCCGUCGCGGAGGCGCUCGGGAUGGACGAGCUGAGGGACGGGUUAACAUCGCUCGGGAUGAAAGCGGGCGGCGAUGAGCGCGAACGCGCGGCGCGCGCGUGGGCGCUGAUCGCCGCGGGGGGGGAUCUGCGCGCGGUUCCGGACGGGAUGUUCCGAGGCGGGGCGGUCGGGAAGCGCGAGAGGAUCGACGAGAAUAUGCGCGCGAUUCGCGGAGGACGUCGCCGACGUCGCCGCGUCGCACGGCCUCGCCGUCUACCUGUACGACGAGACGCUCACCUCGAGAGACGCGGAGGCGGCGGCGCUCGCGUCCGGGAGGGGGGGUAA